AUGUCUCUCAGCGAGGCGGCCGGGCACUUGUCGUUCGUUUGCUUGGGGAUAGGCUUCUUGGAGACGGAGUUGCUGCCGCUGAGAGUCUACGCGGCCGCGGGCGUGUCGGCAUCAAUCGUGUUCCAGUACUACAGACCGCAGCCGUUGUGGAUACCCAUCUCUUGGAACUUUGUGUUUCUCGCCAUCAACGUCGGUAUGGCGGGAGUCCUGCUCAAGGAGAAGCGCGACGCUACGCGGCAAGACCAAGAAACGGCUGCUCUCUACGACAAGACGUUUCGUGAGUCAGGACUAACCGCGGUGGACUUCAUGAAAAUCAGAGGCAUCUCGGAGGACUCGAGGCAUACCGCAGGUGAUGUCCUGGCAGAACAAGACGUGACGCAAAGGAGGCUGUAUCUCGUCAUGGAGGGAGAGCUGCAGGUGUCCAAGGGCGGCAACGAUAUUGCCCCCGUGAAGGCGGGAGAAUUCGCGGGAGAGAAGGCGAGGUUUGGCUGCCGAAUCUUCCUGCAGUGGGAGACAGUAGUGGAGGUCUCGCGCCCGAAAGUUUCUCCGAAGGUGAAAGUGAAGCACGGUGGAGCCAAGGUGACGUCAUGGCAGUUCGACGAGCUGAGAGACCUGCUGGCGCACAAUCCCAACAUGUCGGUCCGAUUCCACGCCGCCCUAGCCAGGGCGAUGGUGUCCAAGCUGGUGGACACGCACGACCCCGCGGUCAAGUACCGGCAGUUGCUCACGGGGGUGCUCGUGGAUGGCGUCGUGACAACGAUGGAGAAGGACGAGCUCGAAAAGAUGCGGCAAGACAUGAACGUGGACGAAGCCACACACACGGCAGAGCUCAAGACUGCGGGGUGGAGUACCCAGGAGUUCGACCAAGGCUACCAAGACGAUUUUUCGAGUCGGACGUACGAAGCGCUCGCGAAGGAAGUACUGCGCGACGGCACUGUCAACGACAAGGGCAGAGCAAAGCUUCGGAUACACCGCCAAAACAACGGCAUAGACUCGCUACACCACAUGCGCGUGCUGAAGAAACUGGGCUGGAGUCUCGACCAGUUGGAAGAGGGGACGACGGCGGGUCACCGUACCCCCCUCUCGACGACGGCACCGGCCGGUACGCAGCCUUCAACAUGA